AUGAAUUGGCAUUUCCCCUUCUUCCUGGUGGCCUCCGUGACACUGCCUUCUGUGGGCUCCCAGUUCAACCCUUUGUCUCUGGAGGAACUCGGCUCCGACACGGGCAUCCAGGUUUUCAAUCAGAUCGUCAAGUCCCAGCCUCAUGACAACAUCAUCAUUUCUCCGCACGGGAUUGCGUCCGUCCUGGGGAUGCUACAGCUGGGAGCCGACGGCAGGACCAAGAAGCAGCUCACCACGGUGAUGAGAUACGGCGUGAAUGGAGUCGGUAAGAUGUUAAAGAAGAUCAACAAGGCCAUCGUCUCCAAGAAGAAUAAAGACAUUGUGACGGUGGCCAACGCUGUGUUUGUGAAGAACGACUCUAAGAUGGAAGUGCCCUUCGUCACGAGGAACAAGGACGUGUUCCAGUGUGAAGUCCGCAAUGCGGACUUCGAGGACCCGGCCUCCGCCUGUGCAUCCAUCAACGCGUGGGUCAGGAACGAGACACAGGGUAUGAUCGACAAUCUGCUGUCCCCAGAUCUUCUCAACGGCGCCCUCACCAGACUGGUCCUGGUCAACGCGGUGUAUUUUAAGGGUUUGUGGAGAUCACGGUUUCUGCCUGAGAACACCAAGAAGCGCACGUUUGUGGCAGCUGACGGGAAAUCCUACCAAGUGCCCAUGCUGGCCCAGCUGUCUGUGUUCCGCUGCGGGUCGACAAGCACCCCCAGUGGCUUAUGGUACAACUUCAUCGAGCUGCCCUACCACGGCGAAAGCAUCAGCAUGCUGAUCGCGCUGCCGACAGAGAGCUCUGUCCCGCUGUCCGCCAUCGUCCCUCACAUCAGCACCAAGACCAUCGACAGCUGGGUGAGCACCAUGGUGCCCAAGCGCGUGCAGGUCAUCCUGCCCAAGUUCACAGCUGUAGCUCAAACAGAUUUGAAGGAGCCGCUGAAAGUCCUCGGCAUCACUGAUAUGUUUGAUCCAUCAAAGGCGAAUUUUGCAAAAAUAACAAGGUCAGAAAACCUUCAUGUUUCUCACAUCUUGCAAAAAGCAAAAAUCGAAGUCAGUGAAGAUGGAACCAAAGCUUCAGCAGCAACAACUGCGAUUCUGAUUGCAAGGUCAUCGCCUCCCUGGUUUAUAGUAGACAGACCUUUUCUGUUUUUCAUCCGACAUAAUCCUACAGGUGCUGUCUUAUUCAUGGGGCAGAUAAACAAACCUUGA